AUGUUACUUUUGUGUGUAUUGUUUAUUGUAAGUCAGUCCCAAGAGAUGGAUUGCAUUCAAACGGAUGGUACCACCCUUCAAAAAUUUUCGCUGACGUACACAUUAACUAAUGCCGGGUGUCCUAAUACGAGAACAGGUAAAAUAUAUGUCAACCAGUUGACUACAAGCAACGCAUCGAUAUCAUACACUAUUACAAACUUAAAAACACCCAACGACACAUCAAGCUCAAUAUCACCAUUGUUCGAAGUGUCUGAAGGGACUUAUAAAAUCGACAUUUUAUAUACGUUUGAAACGCGUGACUUCGAAUUGGAAAACGGGACAUCGACCUACCAGUACUGCCACAUCAUUUUAGAUGACUUAAAGAUCAUCUCGACAUAUGAGACCAUCUCUAACAUCGACCAAACUGUCGUGAAUAGUCCACACUGCGCUGGUAAUUAUGGGAAGGUGACUUGUACUGCAAAGACGACAGGAACACUUCUGAAUUACUCGCUGUCUGGUGUAGAGACAAAGGCAGGGACUCCUGAGGGGGUCUUUGAAGAUUUAGCUGUUGGGACAUAUCGGUGUGUUGUGACGUCAGACCAUUGCAGUUCGCAAGGCAAAGAGUUUGAAGUCGACUACGAGAAGAAUUGCAGUGGGACUGACAUUUGGUUGGACAGGCAAUUGUAUGGGGAGGGAAAGAGUUUCUUCAUUGCGGGUGUUGUCCUCAUAUUGGUAGGGAUACUGAUGAACUUGAUCAUCUGUAUUUGCUGUUGUAAGUUGUGUUGUGUUGAUAGUAAGCCUGAAAAAGUUGCUCAGAAACUUGAAAAGAAAAAGAAGAAGAAGAAACAGAGAGAAGCCGAAUCAGAGAUGAAAUGA